AUGGCCCAUCAGGCAACCCCGAGCUCUCAGAAGGCCCUGAUGAUGGAGUUGAAGUCACUUCAGGAGCAGCCUGUGGAAGGCUUCCGCAUCACUCUGGUUCAGGAGUCGGAUCUCUACAACUGGGAGGUGGCCAUCUUUGGGCCUCCGAACACCCUGUAUGAGGGAGGCUACUUUAAGGCUCACAUCAAGUUCCCAGUGGACUACCCGUAUUUACCACCAACCUUCCGUUUCAUCACCAAGAUGUGGCACCCAAACAUUUAUGAGAAUGGCGACGUGUGCAUCUCCAUCCUGCAUCCUCCAGUUGACGAUCCACAGAGCGGAGAGCUGCCGUCAGAAAGAUGGAAUCCAACCCAGAAUGUCAGGACCAUCCUUCUUAGCGUCAUCUCUCUACUCAAUGAGCCAAAUACUUUUUCCCCUGCGAACGUGGACGCUUCAGUCAUGUUUCGAAGGUGGCGAGACAGCAAAGGCAAGGACAAAGAGUACGCGGAGAUUAUCAGAAAACAGGUGAUGUCCACAGCGGCCGACGCCGAGCGAGACGGCGUUAAAGUUCCGACCACGCUGGCGGAAUACUGCGUCCAGACUAGGGUACCCUCCCAGGACAGUAGCUCGGACCUUCUCUACGAUGACCUUUACGACGACGACAUGGAGGAGGACGAGGAGGACGACGACGAGAGCGAGAUGGAGUCUAUAGGCGAAGCCGGAGCCGUCGGUUCCGUGGAGGACGGCGAGACGUCUAACAGGUGUUAUGACGAUCAGGAUGACUCUGGCAACGAAGAGUCAUGAUCUGGAUCUGCACGACUGUCCGCAUCCCCUGCCUCAUUUUGUGUGUGUGUGUGCGUGAGUGCGUGCGUACACAGUGGGGCCAUAAGUCUACUGCCAAAAAAAAUGUCAGCAACUAUUAAACAGUCAAAUAACGUCCCCCCCAAUAGUUUUCACUAAAAAGUUUGUCGUCGAGUCACCGUUUGCCUUAAUUACAGCUUGCACUUGGUCUGGUACAAAUGUAUUGCAGAAACAAUUUGGCGUUGCUUCUAUCCACCUCCUGGUAAUGUUAAUGAUUUUUAAAUUAUACUAAGAUGAAAACAUCAUGGCAUCUAAUCAGUCUUGCAAUUGAGACUACAUCUUCCAAAGAUGUGAAACGACUAUUUUGUUUGAAGAACUCUUAUCGUGGAAAAGCGGCUUCCAAUUUGUGCGCUUACUGACCACUUCAUUAGGCAAAUGCUCUGCCCUCAAAAUAAGACAAUAAGGCUCAGUUUUGACUCACCGUCGAGAGGUAUUUUACUAAAUAAUUAUUGUGGUGUAGAACUGCAUUGUAUUUCCAAUACAGGGUGUCCCAAAAUUCAUCAUACACUAAAUGUUUUUCUAUUUCAUUUCAAGUAUAAUUCGAACUAAGCUGACAAAACAGACGUAUGGUGAAUUUUGCAACACCUUGCCUAUUGUACCGCUCAUGUAGCUAAAUGAGGUAGCCAAAACUGUGUCAAAUGAGCACUAUUGUCUUUUCAAAUGAAUAUUUUUUGAUACGGCGCCUCAUCAUAUUUUUGUAUUUACCGUGCAGGCAUAUGAGGUCAGUUGCAUCAUUGUCAAAGUUCUGACUGACAUUGCUGCCAAUUGAGUCACUCUUCGCAUUUGAUAAAUGAUGAAAAUAACGGCCCGCUCGCAUUCUCUCGGGCCCCGCUGUUUGCUGUCUGCCUGCCGUAGUGUUGACCACCCUCCAUCUUACUCGUCACUUUUUGUAAUGUCCUCCUAAGCGUGUGUGGAUUUUUCAAGGAAUGAGGAUAGACAGUGAAACUGCAAACGACUCAUUUACCGGGAGACCGUUAUCUUGCUGGCAUCUGCCUUUUCCAUGCUAGAGUGUGUUGACACAAGGCUACGCUGUGCCCCGUCCAUCACCACUGAUCCCUCAAAAGGGGGUGAGCGAGCUGAAGACUUUUCUCAGCAAGCCUCUCUGCCUCUCAAACCUCAGGGCCUCUAUAGACUGAGAGUGGAAAAAGCGACUGUCACCCGGUUUUCUUUAUUGUAAUGUUUUCUGAGGGCAAACGGUCGGCUUCGAUCCCACGGCAGGAUUGUUUACAAGUGUUGAUGUUGGUCCCCACUAAAGCUUCAUUUUGCCAGAAUCCACUCAAGCUGAGGAUAUUUUUUUUUUCUCCAGAGGUUGCUCACGAUGUUACUGAUGUAAAAAUGUUACACUUUCACACCCUGACACUUUUAUGCUUAGUACCGUGCCACACCGCAGUUGAGUUUGUCGCCUGUCGAUCGAGACGGUAGUCAAAAUGCAGCUUGGUUUGUAUUUGAAUAACAACGUGUGAUGUGUGCAUUUAGGUUCACGGCCGGUGUUGAAUUGGACGCUGGCGGGGGUUUUGAUUAGGUUUGCUCACGAGACUUUUUCUGUGUUUGCGGUGCAGGAGAAUUUUAAAAUGUGUUCACAGGUAUUUAGAAAAUCUGGGUGGAUUUUAUGCCAAGGAAUUGAAGUACAGCUGAAUAUAUAUAUUUUUUUUAAUUAAAGCGAAGUAGCAGAUUUUCACGCGGUUUAAAGAAACGCAGGUUGAUUUGAAUGUGAAACCAAAGGAGUGAAUCGUUCGCUCCUGUGCUAUGGAAACUCUCCGCGACAAAAAGCUCAAACGGGGGUCACGAAUAGAACAGAUUUUGUGACAUUGCCUGACAUUUUCUUGUGUACUCUCCCUCAUUUGGUGUUUUAUUUUUUCCUUUCGUGAUGAGAACAUUUGAUGUAUCUCGUGUGUCUAUCGAAUGUGAAGCUAUCCUACCAUCACUUGCACAUCCUGAUUCGGUCUUGAAAUGACUCAAGCAACUCUGAGGAUAAUGUCAUGAAAGUGAAGUGGCCAAUUGGGAUUCUAGAAUCCAUUAUGUUUGUGGUUUCUGGAAAACCGCACCAUUUUCCCUAAUUUCAUCAAAAUGAAUAGAUCUGAGUCUGCAAUGCUGAUCAAUCAUAAGUCUAUGACCACAUCGAUCAAUCAGUCCAUCGCUGCUGUACUUCAUUAUCCAUUUUCUAUUGAUGGAUAAUUGAAUGAAUCCCAAACUCCUCUUACACAGACAAAAUGGGUUAAUCACGUACUUCAUUAAUGUAUGAUAAACCCACCCCAACUGACACAAUCUGAGAUCUUGAUGAGGCUGUCAUCUGGUUUCUCAGCACCUAUCGAACUGCAUCUUUGUGUGUGUCCAAAUCUAUUGAUGUUAAAUGCUGUAUGCGUUGGGUUUUUUUCUUCUUCUUUUUUGUCCACUAGUGUGCUAUUGUUAUUGAGGAUGCAAGUGUCACUGAUAAAAGAUUUCAUUGUAAACAAAAUGCCACUGGUUUUGUUUGUGGCCAGAUAGUUUUGCUUUGAGCCCACAAGUCAUAUAAAUACACUACAAGAGUUGUUGGUUUCCGAGGGGUUGAAAUAAGGGUUGACUUGAGGCACAGUUGCCAUGGUAACAUUUGGAAUUCAUCAAUAAACCAGUAUGCUAUCACAA